CACCAAUGGGAGUAGCGCCUUCGCCUUCGCCCCGCCUCCAAAGAGGAUUCGAGUCCGUCUUCCGGCCGUGUGUGGCGGUGCCUGCCCAGGUGCAUCAGCAGGGAGCUGGCUUGGAAGUGGAGCAGCCGGGACUCACACCAGUGCUGUGAUACGUUCCCUCCUCCAUGCAGGGGAGUGCGAGAAAGCCGGGCGUCAUGACUGACGUCCACCGGCGGUUCCUGCAGCUGCUGAUGACUCACGGCGUGCUGGAGGAGUGGGAAGUGGAGCGUCUACAGAGACACUGCUACAAGGUCCACGACCGCAACGCUCCUGUGGACAAGCUGGAGGACUUUAUCUACACCAUCAACAGUGCCUUGCAGUCUCUCUACAUGGAGAUCAAGAAAGGAGUCACGGAAGACGACGGCCGACCCAUUUAUGCACUGGUAAACCUUGCCACCACGCCCAUUUCCAAAAUGGCCACGGAUUUUGCCGAGAACGAACUGGACCUAUUCAGAAAGGCGCUGGAGCUGAUCACCGACUCGGAAACGGGCUUUGCGUCCUCCACCAACAUCCUGAACCUGGUCGAUCAGCUGAAAGGCAAGAAGAUGAAGAAGAAGGAGGCCGAGCAGGUGCUGCAGAAGUUCGUGCAGAGCAAAUGGCUGAUCGAGAAGGAGGGGGAGUUCACGCUGCAUGGCCGGGCUAUCCUGGAGAUGGAGCAGUACAUCCGGGAGACAUUUCCAGAUUCCGUGAAGAGCUGCAACAUCUGCCACAGCCUCCUCAUCCAGGGUCAAAGCUGCGAAACUUGUGGCAUCCGGCUACACUUGCCGUGUGUGGCCAAGUACUUCCAGUCGAACCCUGAGCCACGCUGCCCCAACUGUAACGAUUACUGGCCCCACGAGAUUCCAGAAGUCUUCGACCCUGAGAAGGAGCGUGAGAGCAGCAUCUCCAGGCCAGCCAAGAGGCCGCUGAGGUCCAGACAGCACUAGCAGCGGCCUCGCCGCCCACAGGCCCUGGCCGGUGCCUCACGC